AUGAUUGCCAAUAUCGCACAGAGGAACGCUCGUCGCAUGGCCGCGUCGAUCCAGCGCAUUGCCGCCACCCCCAUCGUCGCCGCUGUCGCAAGAUCUACCGCCCAGCCCGUCAAGGCCACCUCGCCCCUCUCCAUCCGAUCUGCCAUCCGAUCCUUCCACAGCGAGAAGCCCCCCGCAAGAACUGUCUUCUCCCCCCUCGACACCUUUGUCCGCCGCCACAACGGCCCCUCCCAGGGCGAGGUCAAGGAGAUGUUGAGCGCCAUCGGACUCAAGGACAUGGACGGUCUCACCGGAAAGACCAUCCCCGACCGUAUCCGCUCCACCCGUGCCUUGGCCCUCGACCAUGGCUUCACCGAGAAGGAGGUCCUUGAGCGUCUGAAGUACAUUGCUUCGAAGAACAAGGUCUUCAAGAACUAUAUCGGAAUGGGAUAUACCGAUGUUGUUGUUCCUAACGUUAUUCUCAGAAACGUCCUGGAGAACCCCGGCUGGUACACCCAGUACACCCCCUACCAGCCCGAGAUUGCCCAGGGCCGUCUUGAGUCGCUCCUCAACUACCAGACCAUGGUCACCGACCUCACCGGAAUGUCGAUCGCCAACGCCUCUCUUUUGGACGAGGGUACCGCUGCCGCCGAGGCCAUGAUCAUGUGCUGGGCUGCGACCAAGAACAAGAAGAACACCUUCUUCGUUGACGAGAACUGCCACCCCCAGACCAUCGCUGUCGUCCAGACCCGUGCCGAGGCCUUCAACAUCAAGGUCGUCGUCGGCAACCACCGCGACUUUGAUUUUGAGGCCAUCAAGGGUGAACUCUCCGGUGUCUUGAUUCAGUACCCCGAUACCCGCGGUAACGUCGCCGAUUACAAGGGACUUGCCGACAAGAUCCACGGAUAUGGCGGUCAGGUCGUCGCUGCCACCGACCUCAUGGCCUUGACCAUGCUCACUCCCCCUGGCGAGUGGGGUGCCGACAUUGCCCUCGGAAACUCUCAGCGCUUCGGUGUCCCACUCGGAUAUGGUGGUCCCCACGCCGCCUUCUUCGCCUGCAAGGACGAGCACAAGCGCAGGAUGCCCGGCCGUCUCGUCGGUGUCUCCAAGGACACUCAGGGCAACCCCGCCUACCGUCUUGCCCUCCAGACCCGUGAACAGCACAUUCGUCGUGAGAAGGCCACCUCCAACAUCUGCACUGCCCAGGCCCUCCUCGCCAACAUGGCUGCCCUCUAUGCCGUCUACCACGGACCUGCUGGUAUCAAGCAGAUCGCCCAGCGCAUCCACAACAUGGCCGUCGUCUUUGCCGAGGGAGUCAAGGAGGCUGGUCACAAGGUCGAGAACGAGAACUUCUUUGACACCUUGACCAUCAAGGUCGAGGGUGGUGCUGAUGCCCUCGUCAAGAAGGCCCUCGCCGCCGGCAUCAACGUCCGCCAGUUCGAUGCCCAGACCGUUGGUAUCACCUUUGACGAGUCCGUCAACAGGGCCGAGUUGGAGCAGCUCAUCAAGGUUUUCACCCGCGAUGGUGCCUCGACCCCCGAUCUCCUCAGCAUCGCCAACAAGUUGAACAUCACCGAGUCUAGCCCCGCCAAGGUCCUCGAUGAGCGCUUCAUCCGUACCUCAGAGUACUUGACCCACAAGAUCUUCAACUCUUACCACUCCGAGACCGAGAUGCUCCGUUACAUCUACCGCCUCCAGAACAAGGAUCUCUCGCUCACCCACUCUAUGAUCCCUCUCGGCUCCUGCACCAUGAAGUUGAACGCCACCACCGAGAUGAUCCCCGUCACUUGGCCCGAGCUCGGCAACAUCCACCCCUUCGCCCCCGAUAACCAGACCGAGGGUUACCAGAUCAUGCUCAAGGAGCUCCGUAGUGACUUGGCCGAGAUCACCGGUUUCGAUGAUGUCUCGCUCCAGCCCAACUCUGGUGCCCAGGGAGAGUAUGCCGGUCUACGUACCAUUCGUGCCUACCACGAGGGCCGUGGUGACACCAAGCGUAACGUCUGCUUGAUCCCCGUCUCUGCCCACGGAACCAACCCCGCCUCGGCUGCCAUGGCCGGUAUGGAGGUCGUUCCUGUCAAGUGCUUGGCCAACGGAAACUUGGACCUUGCCGACUUGAAGGCCAAGGCUGCCAAGUACUCUGACCGCCUCUCUGCCUUCAUGGUCACCUACCCCUCGACGUUCGGUGUCUUUGAGGACACUGUCUCCGACGCCUGCGAGAUCAUCCACUCCAACGGAGGCCAGGUCUACAUGGACGGAGCCAACAUGAACGCCCAGAUCGGUUUGACCUCGCCCGGUCACAUUGGUGCUGAUGUCUGCCACUUGAACUUGCACAAGACUUUCUGCAUCCCCCACGGAGGUGGAGGACCCGGUAUGGGCCCUAUCGGUGUCAAGUCUCACUUGGCUCCUUACCUUCCCGGCCAUCCCGUCCUUCCCACCGGAGGUGACAAGGCCAUCGGACCUAUCUCUGCCGCUCCCCACGGUUCGGCUUCUAUCCUCCCCAUCUCAUGGGCCUACGUCAAGAUGAUGGGUGGUGAGGGUAUCAAGAACGCCACCGAGGUUGCUCUCUUGAACGCCAACUACAUGGCCCACCGCCUCGGUAAGCACUACAAGGUCUUGUUCACCAACGAGAACGGCAUGUGCGCCCACGAGUUCAUCAUCGAUAUCCGUCCCUUCGGCUCUGUCGGUGUCGAGGCUAUCGACAUUGCCAAGCGUCUCCAGGAUUACGGCUUCCACUCGCCCACCAUGUCGUGGCCCGUUCCCAACACCCUCAUGAUCGAGCCCACCGAGUCUGAGGGCAAGGAGGAGCUCGACCGCUUCUGCGAUGCUAUGAUUGCCAUCCGCGCCGAGAUCCAGGAUAUCCAGGACGGCAAGCAGCCCCAGAAGGACAACGUCCUUAACAACGCCCCCCACACCUUGGCCGUCUUGAUGAAGGACGAUGACUUCUGGAAGUCAAAGUCCUACAGCCGUCUCCAGGCCGCCUACCCCUUGCCCCACCUCCACAAGUUCAAGCUCUUCCCUACUGUCUCCCGCAUUGAUGACAGCUACGGUGACCGCAACUUGAUCUGCUCUUGCCCUCCCAUGAGCGACUACGAGUAA